GUUUCUUCAUUAUACACCACCGCCCUUAUUCCCUUGUCUCUUAAUUAAUUACCCUCUCUCCACACACCUUUUGCUUUAUCUCCGGUUGAAAGCUUUUGCCACAAUGUCAAAGUCAGCAAGCCCCAUCACCCAGUUCUACAACUGCCGCAUCCUGCGUGACCACAAGUUGGUCGAGGACUACCUAUAUGUCCAGGACGGCAAGAUCAUCGAUCCGGCCAAGAUGUUCUGGGAGGAGAACCGUGUCCCGGACGUGCGCAUCGACUGCAAGGGAGGCAUCGUGUCGCCCGGCUACAUUGAUGUGCAGCUCAACGGCGCGUACGGCUUCGACUUCUCCAACGACACCGAGAUCAUCCAGGAGGCUGGUCUGCUGCUGCAGGGCUGUACGGCCUCGCGCCCCGACGUGUACCGCAAGGUGCUGCCGUAUCUGGGGCCCCGCGAGGGCUCGCUCGAGAACGGCGCCGCGAUCCUGGGUGCGCACGUCGAGGGACCCUUCAUCUCGCCGCUGAAGAAGGGUGCUCACGAGGAGGCCACACUGCGCACGGCCAAGAACGGCCUGGCGGACUUUGAUGAGUGCUAUGGCCUCGACAACCUGCGCAAGAACGUCGCCUACGUGACUAUGGCCCCUGAGGUCGAGGGCAUCAUGGAUUCGAUCCCCCAGCUGAUCGAGGCCACCGGCAUCAACAUCUCAUCGGGUCACUCGAACGCGUCGACAGCCCAGGCCAACGAGGCGCACAAGAAGGGCGCCAAGAUGGUGACCCACCUGUUCAAUGCCAUGGCUGCCUUCCACCAGCGCGACCCUGGAAUCAUCGGUCUGCUGGGUGCCUCCGAGUCCCGCCCCUACUACGGCAUUAUCUGUGACGGUGUCCACGUCCACCCGCACUCGGUCAUGAUUGCCUACUACGCGCACCCCACGGGUGCCUGCCUUGUCACCGAUGCCAUGUCGGCGCAGUGCCUGCCCGAGGGCUACUACAAGCUGGGCAAUAUGGACGUCGACGUACACAACGGCCACGUCUACAUCAAGGGUACCAACACAAUCGCCGGCUCGAUUCGCCACGCUGGCCCAUUCACCGGUGCGUCCAAGGUCGAGGCCCUGGAGAACGCAACUCUGCACCCGGCCCAGAUGCUCGGCAUCACCGAUCGCAAGGGCACCCUGCAGUUUGGCGCCGAUGCCGAUGUGCUGGAGCGUGUCUUUAUCGGCGGAACCGAGGUCACUGAGGACAACGUAAAGUUCCACCACAAUAUCCAGAAGGAGGUUGCUGCCAACUAAGCACGCGCUCUUGUCUCGUGGAUCAAAAACACAUAUUCUCCCUGUGCUAACAUCAAAAUUUUUACCUGUGUUUACCUUAUUUUUUCUCCCGCAAAUACA